UAUCCCCUUGUUUUACAUCAAAAUAAUUCCCACAAAUAUAAGUUUUUCUUCAACACAAAAUACAGAAAUUUUGUAAAAAAAAAAACCUGAACCAUGACAGCCUCACUACAAGCAGCAGCAACCCUGAUGCAACCGGCCAAGGUUGGUGUGCCAUCUAGGACUGGCGUACCGCCGCUCAGGUCCUCUCCGAGCGUUUCUAAGGCCUUUGGUUUGCAGCCUGUGGGUGCUAGGAUGAGUUGCUCUUUGAAAACUGAGUUUAAAGACUUGGCUCAAAAGUGUGUUGAUGCUACCAAGAUUGCUGGUUUUGCUCUUGCUACUUCUGCUCUUGUUGUGUCGGGAGCAAGUGCUGAAGGAGUUCCAAAGAGGCUAACCUAUGAUGAAAUCCAGAGCAAAACGUAUAUGGAAGUAAAGGGAACUGGAACUGCUAACCAGUGCCCCACCAUCGACGGUGGUGUCGACUCAUUUGUCUUCAAACCAGGCAAAUACUACGCCAAGAAAUUAUGCUUAGAACCCACUUCUUUCACCGUCAAAGCGGAGGGCGUUAGCAAGAAUGCUCCCCCGGAGUUCCAAAACACCAAGCUCAUGACCCGUUUAACCUACACCCUCGACGAAAUCGAGGGUCCUUUCGAAGUGUCCCCUGACGGAACUGUCAAAUUCGAGGAGAAAGAUGGGAUCGAUUACGCUGCUGUCACGGUCCAGCUCCCUGGUGGCGAGCGUGUGCCGUUCCUUUUCACUAUCAAGCAACUGGUUGCAUCAGGCAAACCCGAGAGCUUCAGUGGAGACUUCCUUGUACCCUCCUACCGUGGUUCAUCUUUCUUGGACCCAAAAGGCAGGGGUGGUUCCACCGGUUACGACAACGCCGUCGCCUUGCCUGCUGGUGGAAGAGGAGAUGAAGAAGAAUUGGCCAAGGAGAACAACAAGAGUGUUGCUUCUUCAUCGGGGAAAAUCACUUUGAGUGUUACGAAAAGCAAGCCCGAGACUGGUGAAGUGAUCGGUGUGUUUGAGAGCCUUCAGCCAUCGGACACCGACUUGGGUGCCAAGACUCCGAAGGAUGUGAAGAUCACCGGUAUCUGGUAUGCUCAGCUCGACUCAUAGAGUGGUUAUCAAAUCUUUGUAUAAUUUGAGUUAUGAUGUUUGCUACAAUUUCAUGUAAUCCGGUGAGAAGCACACUGAGCUUAUUAUCUUUUGUAUAUUGGCUUCUUCUAAUGACGUUUUUAUUAUGUUCAACAU